UGCGGGCGCGGAGGCAAAAGCCUGAUGAUGUUGCCGGACAAGCGAGCCGCCAUCUGUUCACCGACGUGGUCAGUGCUUGGAGGCAUGCGAAGAGCUCGUCCGGGAUUAUCAAAGGCGAGCUCAGUGUGGUAUUCGCUCCCGCCAGUGAGGAGUCGUCUGGACACCGCGGUCCGAGCAGUGUCGCGAGCUAACCGGAAGCCCUGGGUCACAUGAUGUAUAGGAGACCGUCCUCCCCCACUCAAAGAGGUCUCGUUUAGAGUCUGCCUACGGGAGAC